AUGACAGCGUUUGACGGUGUUCUCCUCGAAACUCUGGGCGUCAACGAUAAGCCAUGCGACGAGGCUGUGAUCGAGGUCGAGCUCGGACAGGAAGUUGAAGUUCGUGUUACUAACGAGCUCCACGAUGCCUCGUGUCUGCACUGGCAUGGUAUGAAGCAACUCGGCACUCAAGAGAUGGACGGUGUAUCGGGCAUUACUCAAUGCUUUCUUGAACCGAACACCACCGCGGUGUACCGUUUCAAACCCGACAAGGCUGGUACUUUUUGGUGGCACAGUCACCACAAGACGCAGUAUGCUUUCGGUCUACGAGGUCCUCUCAUUGUCCAUGCACCUGCCAGUGACCUCCGUGACUGUGAGAAGGAGAUCGACGAGGAAUUUACCGUCCAACUAGCGGAAAUCUACCACACUGUUCCAGCAUUAACAGGACCAGUAUUGUGGGAUACGAUCGCUAUCAACAACCGUGGACGAUUUAACUGCACGGCCGCGGCAUUGAACAACCUCACCGAGUGCUCUACUGAUCAACCGUUAUCGAACUUUUACUUUAAAGCGGGUAAGAAAUACCUACUGCGAUUGAUCAAUAUGGCCGCUCAGGCUCCUUUCGAAUUCAGUAUCGACGACCACGAGUUCCAGAUCAUUGCAGCUGAUGGCGAGCCUGUACAGCCGACGGAGCUUAUCAACUCGAUCUUUAUCAACGCUGGACAACGUUACGACAUUGCCGUCCAGGGCAAGAAUGAUACGCAAGGUGUAGACUCGUUCUGGAUGCGAGCAAAGGGGAUGACGGGUCUUCCCUGGAUGGCACGAGCUGCGGACACCGGUCUACCCGGUUUCAAUGCUGAGGGCUUAGCAAUUGUCCGCUACAACGCAGCAAACACAUCCGAACCGACCACCCAGAAAUGUGAAGAGGUAGUGACCAUGAGCGAGUUUGACUUCACCCCCGAAACGAUGGCAGCUCUUCCUACGACAGCAUCUGACCGCUCAAUCAUUCAAUUCGACAUCAUACCAAAGGCGGGAGGUAUCGUCUCUAUCGAUGGAGGAGAGUACCACAGCCUUGUGAUACCCGAUGAACCGCCACUCUUCACGAUCUCCAAUGGCUCAACUACUGCAGACUUACCGUUCACUGCUAACGCUCGAGCGAUUGAAUACGGCAAGCACGUAGAAGUCGUAUUGGUAAACAAUAUGAACGAACAGCACCCGUUCCAUCUGCACUCACAUGCACCUUGGGUGGUCGGUAGUGGCCAGGCUACGGCUGAGGACAUCUACAACAACAAUUUGCCACCCUUGAAACUAGUAGGGGCCAUGAUGCGCGACGUCUACACGGUGCCUCCUUGUGACACGGAUGAGAACAACUACUGCGUUAACCUGGGCUACCUAGUUCUUCGCUUCAUAGCUGACAAUCCGGGGGUCUGGAUAAUGCACUGCCACAUUGACUGGCACAUGGAUAUUGGCUUAUCGAUGAUCUUCGUUGAGGGUGAGAAGGAACUACAGCACAAAGGGCCGAAUGCGUUCUCCAAUAGCUUGUUAAGUGUAUGCAAGAGAACGUCGGCGUAA